CCUCUUAUUAAUGGUAAAAAAAUAAAAGCUGUUGGAGACGGAAUCACGGGGAUUUCGCAGUUAAGGCACGCAUUUGACAUUUCUAUCCCCCUUUUCUCUUCGUCUCCAAAGUCCACUCUCUAAUCAGCAGCUCCCCGCCGGAGAUUAACGAAAUCGGAAAACUAAUCCGACUACUAUUCGAUUUCCGAUCAAGAAAAUGUCUCAGAAUCUCAAUCCGAACCCAACUUACGACGUGAUAAUCUUAGGCGCUUCAGGUUUUACUGGGAAGUACGUCAUUAGAGAAGCUCUCAAGUUCCUCAACGUUCCUUCUUCCCCUUUGAAGAAUUUAGCCAUAGCAGGCCGUAACAGUUCAAAGCUUUCCCAGGCUCUUCAAUGGGCUUCCCGUCCAAACCCACCACCCCAAAUCCCCAUUCUCACCGCCGAUACUACUGACCCAUCUUCCCUCCGAGACCUUGCUUCACAGACUAAGAUCAUCCUUAACUGUGUCGGUCCGUUUCGUCUUUACGGUGAGCCCGUUGUUGAGGCCUGUGCUGAUUGUGGGUGCGAUUACUUGGAUAUUUCUGGGGAGCCUGAGUUUAUGGAGAGGAUGGAGAUGAAGUAUCAUGAUAAGGCUGUGGAAAAUGGAUCCUUAGUUGUUUCGGCAUGUGGGUUUGACUCUAUUCCUGCUGAAUUGGGAUUGAUGUUCAAUUCGAGACAGUGGCUGCCACCGGCUGUUGCUAAUGGGGUUGAGGCCUACGUUAGUCUAGAAUCGGAUAAGAGAAUUGUUGGAAACUUUGGGACGUACGAGUCAGCGGUGCUUGGUGUGGCUAAUGUGGACAAAUUACAGGAGCUGCGGCGGAGCAGACCAAAGAGGCCUCGUCCUGUGAUUCCUGGUCCUCCUCCUCCUAAAGGUCCGUUGAUGAACCACCUAAAGGAAGUUGGUGUUUGGGCUGUAAAGUUACCAUCAGCAGAUGCAAUUGUAGUCCGAAGAACACUUUCAUGUUUGGCUGAAAAUCCUCAUGGUUUACCUGGUGUUAAUGAAAGCACUGAACAAGUUGAGAGGAGGGAGGCAUUUUGGUCAAGCAUAAAGCCAGCUCAUUUUGGUGUGAAGAUAGCUUCGAAAUCUCCAUUGGGUGUUGUUCGUUUCAUUAUUGUCGGGAUGUUCAUUGGCCUCUUUGGUAAAACUGGUAUAGGGAGGUGGCUGCUAUUGAAAUUCCCUUCAUUGUUCAGUCUUGGAUGGUUCAGGAAAAAAGGUCCAACUGAAGAUGAAGUGGCAAGUGCUACCUUUAAGAUGUGGUUUGUUGGACAUGGGUUUAGUGAUGGCAAUUUUGCAUCUCAAGGAAACAGGAAGCCUGAUACGGAGAUAAUUACAAGAGUAAUGGGACCUGAGAUUGGUUAUUUAACAACUCCAAUCAUUCUAGUCCAGUGUGCUCUCAUUUUUCUCAAGGAACGAAACAAUCUUCCAAAGGGUGGUGUUUUCCCACCUGGGAUUGUGUUUGGCCCAACAGACCUCCAAGACAGGCUUCAACACAAUGGAAUUUCUUUUGAUGUUAUUUCAAAGAAUACAAAAUAACUAAAUGUUGUUGUGAAGAAAUCGGCUCUCUAGUACCAAAGCUAACAUAUACAACGGAUUCAGCAGGUUGUUCGUCUAACCAUGAACACUGACUGUCUUCUCCUAGCUUGUAAUGUCCCACAGGGCCAACAGGAAAUACAAGUGGAAGAGAACUGGUUACUCUUCCAUCAUCGAGGGCAGCAAUUGUUUCUGGUUCAAACCAGGGAAAGGUGUUUAGAAAGACGCCAGUCACUUGAGGAAGAGCUCGAGCAUUUGGCAGCAAGUAGGCUUUCAAUACAUAGUUUGUUUGUGAAUCGUCCAGCCAUGAGCGAGGGAUGCUUGAUUUUGGAACUGAUCCUAUACCCGGGAUCUCAAGAUUGCUUGAACAGUACUUAAAUGCAGCAGGAUCUUUGGAUAACAAUACAGGAAGGUAUGCUACAGUAGAGUAAAAUUUAGCUGAUGUUGUUGAGAUAUUGUAAAGAGGAAUGUUGAGAUUAUUAGCAAUUUGUGAAAGACUAGAUGCAAGAAUAAAGUCGGAGACAAUAGCAGAAACUGGUUCAUUCAAAGACACCAGAGGGGCGAGCUGGUGAAGUGAGUUACUAAUAGCAUCAAUUUGCAUGAUGAAUGGAUCAUUUAUCGGAGAAGUUGAGGUAUUCAAGGGAAGAAUUUGAAAAUCUAGUCGAUUGAUUUCUGGGUGAUUGGCAAAAAAGUUGGAGACGAAACUAGAGUUUGUGGUAGAUAUUUCAAGUAGCAUAGUAAUGAAGGUGAUUCUACAUCUAUGUGAAGCUAACAUGGAAGCUAGUCGAAAAAAUGGAACCAUUUGUCCAACUCCCAGGCCACUAGGGAGAAAUAAUAUGUGAACUGACUUUGCAGAGUUGACAAUAGAAUCAGACAUCUCGAUGGCUGAAUUGAAGAAUGAUUUCUGCAGAAACAGAGUGAUUAGUUGUUUUUUAAAGAUUAAGGCGUGGCCCCGAUCACAUUAGUUUUAUACAAUUAGGUAUUUGAUCGCUUUCAUAUGCUUGUUUGGUAGUUUGAGGAACAGUGAAGGAAUCAACUUUGGCAUCUGAAAUUAUACAUGAUGAUUGUGAAGGCUUCGGACAUUAUGGGCAGCCUAAGAUGAUUAGGAGGUUAUUAGUUUUUACAAAUGUUUCCAACUGUAAUUAGCUUCCAAUUAACUCUCAUAUGCAAGGAAAAAAAUUAAAAUGACCCAACAUUCAUUUCUGGAGGUUGGAUGUUUUAUAGUUA